CUGCGAAUCAGUGGGUACACAUCGAAGCCGGACAUGCCUACACCCCUCCCCGCGCACCGCCAUUACGGUUCACGCAACGACGGAGAUAGUACGCGCCGUAGUUGUUUUUUUCGUUACUGCUUGUAAUUUUUCGUGUACCUUCGGAAAGAAAUGGACCAAUCUGUGCCAAAGAAAAAGAAGAAGUCAUGGGAUCCCCAAAAUUUGAAAGCUGCACUUGAGGCUAUACGAAAUGGAAGUAAAAUAAAGACAGCUGCUAGGAAUUUCAGUAUCCCUGAAUCAACAAUUAGGGAUCGGCUUAAGUUGGGAGAAAAUUAUAACCCCCCUAUGGGAAGAAAGGCCACAUUUACCAAAGAAGAAGAGAAAGAAAUGGUUUUAUUUAUAACUGAAAUGGCUAAGAAGUUUUAUGGGAUAACUCAGCAACAAUUGCGUAAAUUGGCAUACGACUUUGCCGUUGCAAAAAAUAUUAAAAAUAUUUUUUCGUCAGAGAAAAAGAUCGCUGGAAAAUGUUGGGUGUAUGCCUUUUUGAAAAGAAAUCCUGGAAUUUCUUUAAGGCUUCCCGAGCCAACAAGCCUAAACAGGGUUUUGGGAUUUAAUAAAUCCGAAAUAGCCAUUUUUUUCACUAACCUGGAGACACUCAUGUCAAAGCAUAAUUUUCCAGCCAAUCGAAUCUUUAAUGUUGAUGAGACAGGCAUCAGCAACGUACAAAAACCAGGUAAAAUUUAUGCUCCAACAGGACUUAAGCAAGUCGGAAAGGCUACAAGUGCAGAACGUGGCCAGAACGUCACAGUUGUAUGCGCACUUAGCGCAACAGGAAUAUAAUAUGUUCCUCCGAUGUUCAUUUAUCCAAGACAGAGAAUUAAAUCUUCCUUGAAAAUUGGUGGCCCACCGGGAGCACUCUAUGAAUGUUCUAAAUCUGGAUGGAUAAAUGAAGACCUUUUCACGAAAUGGUUGCGUCAUUUUGCUAAAAAUAUUGGGGCUCAUAAGCAAAAUCUAGCGCUCCUUAUCCUAGACAAUCAUUGCAGUCAUCAAUCGCUCGACGCAUAUGAAUUUUGUCGCGAAAAUGGAAUCCAUCUCCUGUCUCUCCCUCCUCAUACAUCGCAUAAGAUGCAACCACUCGAUGUAACAUUUUAUGGCCCAUUAAAAUCCGCGUAUUCUCGCGAGUGUGAUUUAUUUAUGAAAAUGCACCCAUUUGAAAAAAUUACACAUGACCAUUUGGCUUCAAUUUUUAAUAAAGCUUAUACUCGAGUGGCUACGAUGGAGAAGGCCAUCAAGGGAUUUGAAGUGACGGGAAUAUAUCCGUUAAAUCCACAUAUUUUCGACGACGAUGAUAUUUUAACUGCUGAUCCUAUCAUUGAAGAAGCAUCCAGGCAAGUUAGUCAAUCAGGUGUCGAAAAUGAGUUUAUAGAACAAGCAAUUUGCCAUGGCAAAUCCACUCCUAGUCUACCAUCAUCACCGUCAAUUUUAGACCCGUCCAACGAAAUUGGAUAUCAUACUCCUCAGAAACAAACCGACCAGAAUCCUGUUGACAUGUUUACUGAAGAAACAACAUCAAGCUUACCAUUUAACAGCAAUAGAAAUGAAAAGAUGACUUCUGCUGCUUUAAGUAAAGAUAUAUCUGAGCCGAGCACUUCACGACGUAUUUUAGAAUAUUUGAGUCCUAUACCACAAAAGAAAAUAAAAAUACAGCGACGUGUUAAAAAACUGCACUCCAUUAUUCUCACUUCAACACCAUUAAAAGAGCAGUUAGAGGAAAAAGAAAGAAAACGACAAAUGAAGAUAGCAAAAGAAAAUAAUGUUGCAGAGAAGAAAGUUAAAGAAAAGAAACAAAUUAAAGGAAAGUCUGUCAAGAGAAAAGUUUUGAACAGUAGCGAAAAUACUGAGGAUGAAGAUAAUAAUAUGAAAAGCAAGAAGCAGGUCAGGAAAGGAAAAAAGAAAGACAAAGGGAAGUCUAAGAAACGUAUGUAUGUAAGUAUGGAUGAUGUGCCCCUAACUGACAUAGAGAAUAGGGAUAUUUGCGCCGUAUGUGAAGAGUUUGGUCGUAAUGGAGAGCUGUGGUUCCGUUGCUGUAGAUGCUCGAAUUGGAUACACAAGGAAUGUAGCGGAAAAGAUUCUGCUGAUAAUUUUUUGUGUGAUUUUUGCUGUGAUUAAUAUAACUUGAUAUCUGAUAUUUAAUUGAUAUUAGGUAUUUUUGAGACUGACUAGUCCAUAUAUAAUUUAAAGAUUUACAAAAACUUCUUGUUAUAAAAAAAUAUUUACGUUUAAGUUGUCACAAAGAAUUUAAGUUUUUGUUAAUUUAAUUUCUAGAAAAAGAUUUGGGUUUUUUGGACUUUUUUACUUCUAUUACUCACCUAUUUGUGUGGGAUUAAAGUGGGCACGAUUUUGUCAACCCAGGGCACGAUAUUAUCAGACCAGUUUGACAAUAUCGCGACUUUAUAUUUUUUUGGUAAAUGGCAAUAAUUACUUUUUGUUUAAAUUUUGUAAGUUUGUGUUAUAUGGUAUGCGUACCUGAAUAAAUGUCCUACUAAUUA